AUGUUCUUAUUCAAAUCUAAUGCCACCAAGCCCGCUGAACGUAGCGCCAACACGCCCAACUCGAUCAGGUCCACCCCAGACAUCAAGGUCGUUGAUAUCAGCAAUAAGGGUACCGCUACCCAAGCAUUGACCACUGGCCCGGCCCAGGCGCUGGUCCCAUCUCCGCCACGCUCGAGCUGGUGGCGCACUAAGCUCUUUGUGCCACACCAGCCAUCGGUUGCUGAUAAUAACCUUGCCCUCCAAACGCCCGCGGACUGUGUCUUGACCAUGGCCGGCGACGUGGAUGACGACUUUGUGGAUAUCCAAUACCGGAAGUUGUCCUAUGCCGAAAUGGCGUCUAUGGACUUGUUGCAAAAGGGAAGAAGUACCAGAGGUAGGAAAAGUGCCGGUCUGGUAGUAUGUGACCCUGCCGCCGAUUUAAACAAGAUGGUGACCGACAUUGAGUUUUCGGAAACGUACUCCAAAAACAAGCAGAGUCGCUCUGCGGCGUCAAAGUCGGAGGUGGACGAGGAACAGAGCCACAGCGUGUAUUACGACGACGGCGAUGACGAUAUUUUCCCAGUGGAAAAGUUCAAGACCUUCUCCAAAAAGAUGAGCAAGGAAAAGAGAAAGAGCUCGAGGUAG